AAGGCGCAAGGCUUCGGGGCCGCCCGUAUUCGAUCCCGUCCAUGAGACGCUGUGCAGAAUAUGACCAAGUACCUUUCUACGUACUGACUCUAUUUGCAUCUGGAGUUUGUCCCCGCCACGAUUCGGUUCACUCGGCACGCUCCAUCUGGGCACUUUGCUUCUACCUACCGGUAAAGAGUACUCUGCCUACUCUAGCCGUCCUGAGCCCUUCUUCAACUUCCCCAGCUCCAACCAGCAACCGCAUCCGACUUCUGCAGGGGCAGACGGCUGAACACUCUUCGGCCUCGCUGGACUCUGGAGCGCAUUGAUCAGCAAGCGGCGCACGCGAACCAGCCAUCCCGGCCAGUCGUGACUACACUUUACUUUUGUGGGAUCCUGCUGCCGCCAUGCCAGCACGUCUCUUGCGAUCAGCUUCCAACCCCUCCAGACGUCCUACCGACACCAUGGACAACAGCAGCAAGACGACGGGCUCGAGCCCGGCAAAGUUUUCUCCGUACAUCAUCAAGCAACUCUUCAUCCUAUCGUUAUGUCGUUUCGCAGAGCCCAUCGCCUUAACGUCGAUAUUCCCAUAUCUGUACUACAUGGUCAAAUCGUUCGGCGUGCCCCCCGAAGACGUCGGCUACUAUGCCGGUAUCACUGCUGCGUGCUUCUCGUUCUGCCAGUUCUUCACCGGCGUCAUGUGGGGCCGGCUUUCCGAUAGGAUCGGAAGGAAACCGGUCAUCCUCAUCGGCCUGACUGGAACUCUCGUUUCAUUACUAUUAUUCGGAUUUUCAACGAGUCUCGCAGUCGCAAUGUUCGCACGAGCCUUGGCCGGCCUGGUGAACGGGAAUGUUGGGAUCCUGCGUACCAUGGUGGCCGAGAUGGUACCGCAAAAGACGCUUCAACCGCGAGCAUUUUCAAUAAUGCCGCUAGUCUGGAACGUGGCCUCGAUUAUGGGCCCAGUCAUUGGAGGCUUUUUGGCAGACCCACUGAAGAAUCACCCGGAAUGGUUCAAUGGGUCUAGACCUGCCUUCUUCGAACGAUUUCCCUUCGCUUUGCCGAAUAUAGUCUGUGCCUGUGUCUUUUUGUUCUCGGUGCCCAUCGGCAUCCUCUUCCUCGACGAAACACUGGAGGACCUGAAGGACCAAAGGGAUCCGGGCCGCGAAGCCGGCAAGAAGCUGGCCGCGUGCGUCAGUGGUAGGCGUCAAUCCCGAAAGGACAUUACCGAUGAAAAUACCUCACUGCUGUCCGAUUCCGGGACGGAUGAUGAGGAGGCGCUGCCGCCAGUCGUGAAACUGCCUCGGUUGCCCAUGAGUGCGGCGUUCACAUUCCAGUCGACGAUGAACAUUAUCUAUUAUUCGUUUCUUGCGCUUCAUUCGAUCACUUACGAUCAGUUGCUUCCGGUCUUCAUGUCCUAUCCUCCGCAGGAUUCGUCGAAAUGGCAGCUUCCGUUCAAGUUCGCUGGAGGCUUCGGCCUCGCGCCUGCGGAACUCGGCAAGAUAUUUAGUGCCUACGGUAUAAUCGGCAUGCUUAUGCAGUUUUUCAUCUUCCCUCCCGUAGCAAACCUACUCGGCAGCCGUAUUUGUCUGCGAAUCGUGGCAUUCAUACUGCCGGUUGUCUACGGCGCCCUGCCCUUCGUCCUUAUUCUGCCGCAGUCCAUGAAGCUGCCUGCGUUAUUCGCCCUCAUGUUCCUUAAAUCUAUCUCGGUCACCUUCGCAUUUCCGUGCUCCACCAUACUCCUCACGAAUAGCUCUCCCUCCUUGCGCGUACUCGGUACACUCAACGGCGUAGCUGUAGCGGUCGGCGCCCUCGGGCGCGCAGUCGGUCCAGCGAUCGGCGGAAUCCUCUUCAGCCAGGGCCAGAAAUCGGGGUACCUGAUAUUUCCGUGGCUAGUGCUCUCGGCGAUCGGCUUCAUCUCGGCGUUCCAGAUGCUGCUGAUUUCGGAUAAGGGGGGGAUGGGGGAUCACUCGAGGGACGACGAGCGGGUCGUACCGGUGGUAGUCGGUGAAGAAGAUGUGCUCGUUGUCGAUGCGGUGGCGGUGGCGGUGGCGGGGGCGGGGUAUGGCGCUAUUGAGGGGCGGAAUGUGAGAGGUUGAGACGUAGGUACAUAUGGGGUUGGGCUGUAGUGGUUUGUUGUUGUAGACUUGGAGCUUGUGCGCGAUUGAUACCUGGGUUAUCCCUCCCCGCCUGAGGCUUGAGAGCGUGGGGCGUGGGAUGCGGGGCUGUGGUUAGUAUUUUAGUAUGUUGCUAUUCUAGACUUGUAUUGUAGUUUGUCGCUGCUGGGAAAUGAGGAUCGCUUUGUGUUCUUCCUACGCGGCUGUGUGCUGGGGAUAUCGAACAACGGUGAGAUGGAAG